AUGUUACAGGAAAAUAAUUUAAUUUUUAUAGAUCAAAUAACAACAUUAAAUAAAAAUUAUUUGCUAUCGAUUGAGGAAAUGGAAUUAAAAAGAUAUACAAAACUGAUUAGCACAAAACGCAUGUCACAAAAAAAUAGAAAGUCUUACGAAAGGAUAAUAAUAGAUCUCUCUUGCUCUAAGAUUAGUUUCAAGAUUAAAGCACAAAUUCAUAAUGAUAUGUUAGCUAUAGAUGAAAUAUAUAAUUUAAAAGGGACAAUUCUUUUACCAGCCACAAUUUUACCUGAAAAAGGCGCGACAGUUGUUUCAAGAAUAACUAGGGGACCAUUUCAGAAUCGUACAAUUUUUGGUAGGGUAAUUAAAACAAACGUGGAUAGCAAAAUAAUAUACUUAAAUCACUUCGAAACAUUAACAGAUGAUUUUGAAAAAAAUAUUAUAUUAAGAAAAUGUGAAGGCUGUGAAUUGGGAACUUUAAAUGCUGAAGUGUUCAAAAAGGAAGUCAAAAGUAAAUGUUUAAUAAUAGAACGUAUAGAUAGUACUUUUUUGCUUUCACCAAAUAGAUGGAAUAAACAACACCAUUCAAAGAGAUUACAGAAAAAUACAUACUAUUAUGAGGGUAUCAGUGCUAAUUUUUAUGACGAAGUUUUGAGAUAUAAUUACGCUUUUAAUAGUAAUAUUAUAGAACAUAGAUUAGAUAAUGGAAGAAUGAUUCAAUAUGAAAUACCAAUUAAUGGAGAUAAUAUAGAUAAGUAUUUAGCUAAAGGAAAUAGGUAUAACAUCUCGUACCAACGGAUUAAACAGAUUAAAGAUAGAAUAAAGUUAGAUAAUUCAAACAACAUCCACGUAUAUAUAGAUGGAUCAGUAAUAGAUAAUGGAAGUGAAAACAUUAAAUCAAUAUUUGGAAUAACAAUCUAUGAUGAUAAAGAAAGAUUGAUAGAUAAAUAUUUUUCAACGAUAGAACAAUGGCUUACAUCAACAAAAGCAGAAACCAUGGCCUUUUUUGUUGCAUUAUUAUUAAUUAACGAAGAUAAAAAUUUUAUAAUAUAUACAGAUAGUUCAAAUGUAAUUAAGAAUUACGAGCUCUUAACGAAUAAAUGGUUGUCAACAACAACAAGGGAUAUUUUAAAUUUUGAUAAUAAUAACUCUCUUUGGUUUAAUAUUAAAGAAAUAUUAGAUAAUGAAGAAAUCAGAGGCUGGUAUGACAUGGAAGAUAGAUUAGCUAAUACUCUAGUUAUAUACAAUACUGAACAAUAUAAAUUUCCAAUCAUGUGGAAUUACUAUAUUAUAGAUAUGAAUUUAAGAAGAUUUAUAAGAUUUUUUACUAGAACACAGGGUCUUGAAAAAUUCUUAAAUUUAAACAGAAAUUGGAGAUAUCGAUUGCUAGAUGUUAAAUGGGAAAUAGUAUUUUCUUACAUUAAUAAGCAAUUAAUAGGAGAAACUACUUAUAAGACGGAUAAAUUUAUUUGUAAACAAAAGAGGAUGAAAAUACAACAAGAUUUUUACCAUGUUUGGACUUGUAGACAUAAUAGGAAAAUACUUAAACAAAUUAUCAAAAGAAUGAUAGACAAACUAAUAAGACUUUUAAAAGAAUAUGGCGCUACUGUUGAUGAAAAUAAAAUACUAACAGAUAUUAACAUAUUUGAUAUUUUUUUCCCUAAAUUUAGAAAAGAUAAAUUUAAUUUUAUAGAUCUAAUUAAAGGUAUUUUUCCAAAACAAUUAUAUGACUAUAUUGAAAAAUUGGAAGUUAUUGGUAAGAAAAAUAUAGUCAAUUUGGGGACGGAGCUUUUACAAUAUGUUAUGGAUGAAACAAAACAGCACAUUUGGCUACUUCGUUGUGAGAAGUUAAAGAUUAUAGAAAAACAUCAUGGGAUUACUGAAAAAGAUAAAAAGAAGUCUGAUAGUAACGUUGGUAAAGAAAAACAAGAAGAUAUUUUACAACGCCCUAUUAAUCUGUUCAGAAGAUAUGAAGAUUUGGAGGGUGUCAAAGAGUAUAUUUUAUUUGGUAAAGAAAUCCUGGAUUUUACAGUAGUUGUGAACCGGGUGGAAAAACAAGUAUAUUUUGUUUCAAAUCUUACAAAUUUGAAGAGUAAACUUUGUCAAUUACAAGAAAGUGAUAUAAGCAGUUUAUCAGGGCUGGUAAUGUCUUCUAAAAAUGAAAAUCUUCAUUUGGUUUUGCCUAUACUACCAAAAAUUAAGAGUAAUGAUUAUCUUAUUUGUAAAAUGAAUGUUAAAAAAAUAUUAUCUAAGGAUUGCUUUAUAAAAUUUAUACUUGAUAGCUAUUAUCGAGAAGAUCAUAUGUUAAAACAUAAAGAUGUAUCAAAAAUUGAGGGGUUAGGUUGGAUAGAAUAUAGGAUUUCAAUAUAUGACCUACGUAAUACUCAACUUUCAAUUGAAAUAAAUUUUAUUGAAAUGCAAAUAGAAUAUAUUCGAUUUGGAUAUAAUCCAUACACAAUAACUCACAUUCCCGACAUGAGUUUUGUGAGUUAUUUGUUACCAAAUUAUCACAAAUUUUUCUCAAAUGUUCCAGAAACUUUCAAAGACAAGUAUUUUUCAAGAAAAGAAAUAGAAAAUUUACUUAAUUUAAAAGAUAUCCUUAACAGCUUAUAA